AUGGUUGGUACGGCUAAAAGGUUCACUAAAGAACAUAAAAUCAAGGAAAUUCAAAAAAGUCUUCACAAAAGAGCUAGAAUAAAGAAGCAAUAUUUGAAAUCUUUAAAAGUGGAAGGCUACGAACUCCCAGAUAAGCAGGAAAAGCCUAAACUCUCCUAUGAUCAGGUUAAAACCGAUAAAAGAAGCAAAGUUGCUCAGAAUGAAGAACUGAAGAAGCGGUGCAAGCGACUUCAAAGCAAAGAGUUAGAGGAACGCAGGCAGCACAACUUUGCCAAGAUUCAAGAAGCAAAAGAACGACAGUUUGCCAGAGAAAAACGAAGCUUAAGGGUAACCAAGAGGACUAGAAGUGGCCAACCUUUAAUGGGUCCAAAGAUUGAUGAUCUAUUGGAAAAGAUUAAAAACGACAAUACCUAUACUUCUUGA